AAUUAGUUUCUAUAACAUUCACUCGCCAACACCAGUCGCACUACCAAAAAACUGCCCUCGCACUUUCUUCCCGCCCUUAUUCGGUUCAGAAAAAGGAUAGCGCUACUGUAGCAGGGACAGCCCCGACAGGCAGGGAACUCGACGGUCAGCCAACGCAAGAGAGAAAGAUGUGUGGCAGAGCUCGCUGUACUCUCAGAGCCGAUGACAUCCCCAGGGCUUGUCACCGCACUACCGGUCCAGUCCGGUCGGUCAACAUGGAUCGAUGGCGGCCGUCUUAUAAUGUUUCACCAGGAUCGAAUAUGCCUGUUGUUUGUAGAGAAGGAGAUGGAUCCGAUGGUGGCGACGGUUUUUUUGUUCAGUGUAUGACUUGGGGGUUAAUUCCUAGUUUCACUAAGAAAACUGAGAAACCUGAUUUUUACAAAAUGUUCAAUGCUCGGUCCGAGUCGGUGGGUGAAAAGGCUUCUUUUCGCCGACUACUUCCUAAAAGCCGGUGUCUCGUAGCAGCAGAAGGAUUUUAUGAGUGGAAAAAAGAUGGGUCGAAAAAGCAGCCUUAUUACAUUCAUUUCAAGGAUGGUCGGCCUCUCGUGUUUGCUGCUCUUUAUGAUUCCUGGCAGAAUUCUGAAGGUGAGAUACUUUACACCUUCACUAUACUCACAACUUCCUCAUCUUCAGCUUUAGAGUGGUUACAUGACAGGAUGCCUGUCAUUUUGGGCGACAAGGAAUCAACUGACACAUGGCUUAAUGGUUCUUCCUCUUCUAAGUAUGACGUUGUGCUUGAAUCUUAUGAAAGUUCAGAUUUGGUAUGGUGUCCGGUGACACCUGCAAUGGGCAAGUCAUCUUUUGAUGGACCAGAAUGCGUUAAAGAGGUGCAGUUGAUUCAUGUGAAGACUGAGAGCAAAAGCACUAUCUCUAAAUUUUUCUCAAGGAAGGAAAUCAAAGGAGAACAAGAACUAAACUCACGGGAAAGCACAUUUGACAAAUCUGUCAAGAUGGACCUUCCAGAAAGUGUGAAAGAAGAAUAUGAAAGCGAGGAAAAGCUGGAUAUUCCACCGUCGAACCAAAUCAAUGAUCAGGAUUUAAAAUCUAAUGUUUCUACAAUUCCAUGCGAGGACGAAACAAAGUGCCAGAUUCCUGAUCAUGACGAAACAAAGUGCCAGAUUCCUGAUCAUGACGAAACAAAGUGCCAGAUUCCUGAUCAUGAUUUAAUAUCCAAUGUUUCUAAAUUGCCUCAUGAGGAUGCAACGUUGGGCCAACCAAAGCGGCACCAUGAGGAGGCCUUAAUUGAUAGAGAGCUAAAUCCAGAUGGCAAUGAAAAACUUCGGCGGAAUCCAGCAAGGAAGAAGGCGAACCUUAAGAGUGGUGGCGAUAAACAGCCAACACUCCUUUCAUACUUUAGGAAAAAGUAGUGUUUAUGCAUGCUAUAAUCUCAUUAGGGGCUGGUGAUGUGCAUAUGUAGACUAGUCUCAGUUGAUCUGUAUAUCUGGAAGUAUGUUUCCAGGUGUAGUUUUGCCUGUAGUUCUACAAUGCGUAUUCAGGGGUAGCUUAAACCCUUUUCGUUUAUGUAGUGUUCCUUUAUGUUUAGCAAGCAACUGUGAUCUGUAAAUAUUGAAUGUACUAUAGCAACUAUCAUUUUGUUUGGA